GUCCUACCCCCUCCUCCUCCUUCCCUUCUCCCUUUCCGCAGCAGAGAGUUCCGCUCUACCUCUUCUCCCUCCUCUGCCUCACGACCUUUACUCACUCUUCUAAUCCGCCGCCCACGCAAAGCAGCACCUAAGACGCCCACGGAGCAAGACACCAUGUCCAAGCACUUCUGCUGCUGCAUCCCCGUCCGCGCAGCGGUCUUCUUCUUCUCCCUGCUCUCCUUCCUUGCCUCCGGUCUAUCUGCCGCGCUUGCUUGGUACUUGCUGUUCCUGAUCGACAACAACAGGCUCGAUGAGGUUGAGAAAAACCUCAAUGAAAACGACAAGCAAGCGUUCGAUGCCGUUGCCCACAAGUACAAGUGGGGGAUCAUCGUUGGUGGCCUCAUCUUCACCCUGAUUGCUCUCAUGUCCUUCUUCGGCUUCGUUGGUUCGAUUAUUCGCAACCGCCGCAUGGUGAAGGCGUACUCGUUCAUGACCAUCUUCAUCUUCAUCCUCGGCACGGUUGCUGCGGGCUUCACCCUCUUCGCAACCUACAACCACAAGCCGAUUUGCGUGACGAUCAACAACGAGCAGGUCUGCACACAGUCGCAUCUCUCCCUCGGCCAGAAGAUCGGGUACACCGUCUACGUCGUCAUCGAGUGGCUCAUCGAGCUCUACAUCAUCGUCAUCAUCCGCCGCUACUACGACCAGCUCGAGGAGGAGCGCGAGUACCGCCACGAGUUCCGUCUCAACCCCACCACCUCCGGCACGUACGAGGCGAAGGAGGGUCUCCUCACCCAGGGCCACUACCCCUACACGGACAACCACAACGCCUUUGGGGCGCACAACCACGCAUAAGCGCAUCUACUCUUGCCUUUCUCAGGAACGUGGCGCGUUUCCAUGCGCCCGUGCGGGCUGGUGAUUGACGUGUAUGAUACAUACUACUGCGCCACGGAUGGGGCGGCGCAACGCCGACAUCGGUUGGGCGCUCGGGGGCAGGGCUCUACGCAAACUUACACGCGCCGGGUAAUGUUAUCAUAGCGCAACUCCGGACAUUGGACUGGGCAGUUGGUUGGGCUGUUCUGCCUGGCGCGCGUUGUGUUGUUACUCUGGUUUCCUCUUCUCCCUUAUAUCUAUCACCCACGACUGUAUCGCAUUACGGACUUUCGCUACUAUCAUGACGUCUUC